AGCCACCGCAUGGGCCUGAUGAGGAGCGUGGACGUCUUCAAAGGGAUCCCCUUCGCUGACGUCCCUGGAAAAUGGGAAAAACCCAAACCUCAUCCUGGAUGGAGCGGCGUCCUGAAGGCCACCACGUACCGUGAACGCUGCCUGCAGGUGACGCUGCUGCAGACCAAAACCCAGGGCAGUGAGGACUGUCUGUACCUGAACAUUUUCGUUCCACAGGGACGUAAACUGUCGACCAACCUCCCGGUGAUGGUGUACCUUUUCGGGGGGGCCUUCCUGCUGGGGGCGUCCAACGAUGUGGCGAUCCUCGGAGACUCGCUGUACGACGGGAAGGAGAUGGCCGACAGGGGCGGAGUCAUCAUCGUCACGGUGAACUACCGGGUGGGGACCCUGGGCUUCCUGAGCACCGGAGACACCCGAAUGCCAGGGAACUACGGCCUCUGGGAUCAACACUUCGCCAUCUCCUGGGUCCGCAGGAACAUCCACAGCUUUGGAGGAAACCCCGACAACAUCACCAUCUUCGGCCAAUCAGCAGGAGCCGCCAGCGUCAGCUACCAGAUGGUGUCUCCGUACAGUUCCCGUCUCUUCCGCAGGGCCAUCACUCAGUGUGGCGUCUCCCUCAGUCCCUGGGCUCUUCAGAAAAACCCCAUGGCUCUGACCAAGAAGAUCGCUCGUAAAGUGGGCUGUUCCAGAACCAAUGAAGACGACAUGUUGGCGUGUCUGAAGAUAUCGGACCCAGUCGGACUCACCAUGGCCGGAAAAAUUGACGUGAUGCAAUUGUUGGGAAAAGGCGUCGUCAUGGAUCUCCUGGAACUCUCUCCGGUGGUCGACGGUGACUUCAUCCCGGAUCAUCCCAGUAAACUGUUCCAAAACGCCGCUCAGUUCGACUACAUGGCGGGGGUCAACAGUAUGGACGGACACAUCUUCGCUGGCGUCGACGUUCCCUCCAUCAACAGGUUAAAGGCCAACACCACCACGGAGGACGUUCGAGGUCUUCUGGCCGGUCUGACCAAAGAGAAGGGGACGGCCGCCAUCUCCUCGGCGUACGGUGUUUACUCCGCCCACUGGGGUUCGGCUCCGGAUCCAUCUGUGGUGAAGAAGACGGUGGCGGACAUGGAGACCGACUUCCUGUUCCUGGUCCCGACCCAGAUCGCCCUGCAGCUCCAUGCCAACAACACCAGUGGAGCCCGUACCUACUCCUACCUGUUCAACAUGAAGACUCGUAUCCCAGGAUUCCCCAGUUGGGUGGGGGCGGAGCAUGCAGAGGACCUCCAGUACCUGUUCGGUAAACCCUUCGCCACACCGCUGGUCUACUUCCCCCGACACCGAGACCUGUCCGGGUACAUGAUCGCAUACUGGACCAACUUCGCCAGGACCGGGUGACAGUCGAGUCCCAGCCCCGUGGCCGGCUUUCACCAAAUACCAUCGACCGUAUCUGACCAUCAACCACAAGAUCUCCAAG